AUGCAAAAAAGUGGUUCUAGGAAAGCCGUUAUACAGAUGAAGGUUGUUGGUUCAUCUGUUGGGGCCUCUGGAUCAAGAAACGAUAGGCCUCAUAAGAAGCAAAAGGAGAAAGAUGAUAUAAUCAGCAAGCUACCCUAUUCACUUAGAUCUCGCAUUCUCUCAUUUCUCCCGACAAAAGAUGCUGCUCGUACGAGUGUGUUAUCAAGAAGUUGGACAGAAAGCUGGACAUCAAUCACCAAGUUGGACUUAGAUGAUAGUGUGUUCCAUUCUCCCAAAAGUAAGAAAAAAUCAGGUGGAAAACAACACUUUAUAAACUUUGUCAAUAGAGCACUUCUGCUUAAUGAGAAUUAUAGUGUGGAAUGUUUUUCUCUUGUGAUCACUAAUAAGUAUGAUCAAACUCUUGUGAACACAUGGAUCUCUUGUAUGUUGAAGAAAAAUGUAAAAAAACUUUCCAUCGCUUCGAGUUUAGAAUUUCCAUUCUCUGCUCUUACAUCUCGCUCCCUUUUCAAUAAUGCCUAUUAUUUAGAAGAAUUGGUGCUCAAGAUGCGUUGUUGUGCUAUCAAUGUUCCUCCCUGCGGUUAUUAUCAUAGUUUUGGAAAGCUAAAACUCCUCAAGCUGUGUGGAAUUAUAUUUACAAUUGACAAAUCUAUAAAGAUCCUUUUACCGGUACUGAAAAAGUUUGAGACAAAAAACUGCUCUUGGUUAAGUGCACAUGUUGUCACUUUAGAACUAAAGGCACCUCUACUUGAAAGUGUUUUUAUAGAUCAAGAUCUUGAGUCGGUUACUCGUGAGCCACGUAACUGCAAAAUCAAAUUUUCUGAUUCAAGCCUGAAAGAAUUCACUUAUUGUGGCGAUGGUAUAUCACAAGCUAUUGUUCUGUCAGAUCCAUCUUCAGCUCGCAAUGUUGCUGCUAACAUAAUUUUGUAUAAGCGUGGCAAUAGUGUUCAAGAAAGUGGAUCCUAUGCUUGUCUCCUUCUCAAUCAAUUCAGUCAAGUGAAGUGUAUGAAAUUUCAUGGAUCGGAGGUUCUCACACAACCAAAUAUGGUUCUUCUACCUAAAUUUGCAAUGCUGACCCAUUUGGAUCUUGGCUCUGUUAGUGAUGAAGUUUUGUUGUGCUUACUUCAAAAGUCUCCUGUUCUCAAUACUCUAGUUUUCAAGGAAAUUACAAAAUGCGACCAAGAGCGUCUAAGUUCUGUUGUUGUGCCGAAUUGUUUAGCAUCGACUCUUCAAGUUGUGAAAUUUGGAAAUCUACAUGGACACGAGCAUGAGCUUUUCUUAGCUAAAUAUUUAAUGGAAAAUGGUAUAGUGCUUGAGAGGAUGAGUUUCUCUUUUGCUAAUGCAUGGCAGAUUGAUUCUAAGGUUAUUGAAGAAUUCAAGGAGAAGUUGUACUCAUUUAAGAAAGGAGUCUCUUUUGCCAUACUUGAAUUUUCAUUUGAUUAUUAUUAG